GGCACUGUAAAAGCGGGUGGGAGACAGGCCUGCGGGUUUGUUUGCUGCGCAGUGCAGACAGGCUGCAGAAUACCUAGAACUCCCCUAAAGACGGGUACUCGGGAGUACAACGUCGAGCGGGAACAUUCUGGCAGAUUUGAUCAGAUUUGGUCAGGUUGAUAGACGUGGAUAGGUACCCAAAUGUACGAAUAUGCGGAUUCGAUUGCCUUUCGCAGGCGUUUUCUUCGUGCUCUGCCUCAUAGCAGGCUACGCCGGCCUUUCCUCGCUUCAGCUCGACGGCUUCGUCAACGACAAAGUUCUGCACGCGCUCACCUUCUUCAUUCUGACUGUUGUCUUCUAUUGGGUCAUAGACACCAGUCGUCGUCGCACACUCAACUUAACCCUUGUUGUUUGUACCCUUUCCCUGGGCGUGGGAUCUGAGUUCCUACAAGGCUUCAUCCCCAACGGGCGCAAUUUCGAUCUCAAUGAUAUCAUUGCCAAUAUUGUAGGCAGCUUAGCUGGCCUGGCUCUAUGCUCAUGGUAUCAUCAGCGGAUGCUGGAGCGGAAGCGACAGCGCCGUUACAGCGCUGUGCCAGGUGAUGAGCCGGGCGACUUAGAGCUAGGUGAGGGAGCCGGCCAUCAGGAGGAAGGAAUACUAGGAGCUGAGCAGGGUCGCGCGACAACGUUGGAGGAAGAGGUCGACAACUGGGAUGAAAAUGCUGUGGACAACUGGAGUGAGGACGAUGAGCCCCAGGGAGACAUAGGUACCAGUGAUAAAAUCCUUCCAGGAGAACACAAUGGCGGCGAAGGCGCAAAUGGAAGUGGCAAGAAACGAGCCGAUUAAGCCUCUAUUCAUUGAUUCCAUGGUGAUUCACGAGCACGGAACGAGCAGAAAAUUGGUGGAUGGAAUAUGAUUUAUUGUGUUUUAUGGGAUCAGUUAGCAUUUUGCUUUC